AUGCAGCAACUCUGGAUAUUCUCAAUGUUUCUGCUUCUGCUGUUGGGUCUUUCGAUUCUGCACUUUCUGAAACAACUCCACUUACUCAGAAAAUGUCCACCUGGACCUUUGCCACUUCCUUUAAUUGGAAUCAGCUGGCAGACUGGUUUUAGACUAACUCCUAAACUUCUAAUUCAGCUUGCGAAACGUUAUGGAAAUAUUUACACGUUACUGGUGUGGAAUUUACCCAUAAUAGUACUGUCAGGCUACAAAGCUGUAAAGCAUGGAUUGGUCAGCCAUUCUGAAGACCUCUCUGAGCGAGUAGAGACCCCCUUUUUAAGGGCGGUGUCCAAAGGAAAGGGUAUCAUUCUUUCCAACGGCCACACCUGGAAGCAACAGAGGCAAUUCAGCAUACUUACCAUGCGUAAACUUGGACUGGGAAGGACAGGCAUAGAGAGUCAAAUACAAGAAGAAGCCAGUCGACUAGUGGAGACCUUCGCUUACGCAAACGGUCAACCCUUGGAUCCUUCGUUGCCAGUCACCAAUGCUUUCUUCAAUUUGAUAGCCAUCUUGGUAUUUGGGUACCGAUUCUCUCUUGAAGAUGAAAACUUCCGGAAACUAAUAGAAGGCCUAAGUUUUAGCUCAAAAUUUGUAGGUAGCUUCUUUCACGUGCUGUAUGAAUUGCUUCCCUGGCUGAUGCGACACAUUCCUGGGCCUCAUCAAGCGACACUGUCCCACAUUAAGUUUAUCUAUGAUCUGGCAAAGGAGGAGAUAGAGAAGCACAAGGAAAACCAGUCCUUGCACGAACCUCGGGAUUUCAUUGAUUACUAUCUUUUUCAGCUUAAGAGAAGCAAGGAUGACCCCAACAAUACCUACGAUGAAGAUAAUCUGGCCGAGUGCAUUGUUGAUUUUUUUAUAGCUGGGACGGAGACAAGCGCCAUCAGUUUGCAAUGGGCACUGCUUUUCAUCACCAAUCAUCCAGAUGUCCAAGAUAAAGUGUACAAGGAGAUACAAGGUGUUUGUUCCUCGGGCUUAAUUUGCUAUCGGGAUCGAAAGAAACUGCCCUAUACCAAUGCUGUGAUUCAUGAGCUCCAGCGGAUCCAUUAUGUCUUAAGUUUUGGUAUUGCCAGAAGAUGUAAGAAAGAUGUGAACAUACUUGGUUUUUACAUUCCAAAGGGGUCUAUAAUUGUACCGGAUCUCCGCUCAGUUCUUCUUGAUCCCAUGCAUUGGGAGACCCCUGAAAAAUUCAACCCCAAUCAUUUUUUGGACAAAGAUGGACAUUUUGUGGCGAGGGAAGAAUUCCUUCCAUUCGGAGCAGGGGCACGCGUAUGUUUGGGGGAGCAGAUGGCGAGGAUGGAGAUUUUCCUUAUCUUUACCAGCUUGCUGAGGAACUUCCGGUUUCAGCUGCCUGAAGGAGUUAAACAACUCAGAGAAGAUCCUAUAAGUGGGCUCACAGUGCAUCCCCACUCUUUUAAAGUCUGUGCUAUUCCCCGCCACAAUUCAUUGUAA